GUGCUAGUCAAUUAUUUCAGCACUGUGUUGGCUGGCAGCUGCAGCUUAUUGCAGCACUGUGUGCGGCAACUCAUGCAUGCAGGCAGCGCAAGCGAAAGCUGCUCAAAACCCGGAAACCAAGAAUGCUGACAGCUCUUUGCAGCCGAAAAACCCUGUGCAGAUCCGGGCUGUUUAAACCUGAGCAAGAUCUUGGCUUUUGCCAUCGGUCAAAGAUUUUUCCUCAUGACAUGAUACAGGAUCAAGUCAGUGCUGUGUAAUAUCUGCACUGUCAUGAGUAAUGGGCAAGCCUGAAAUCUGCCCUUUGUCUUGACACCUUGGGCUUUUAAUUACAACUGUCACCAAGGGGCACUUAUGCGCAUGCAGGCAGCACAUGCAAAGGCUGCGCAAAAACCGGCCAGCAAGAAUGCUGACAGCAUCGGGGCGGCUACAGCGUUUGUGGCAGAAUUUGGAGCGCCAGUGCCUCCACCAAAACCUAGCAAACCCUCACUCGCUGCCCUUGCGCAGGAAUGAGUUUGAUAAUCCCCUGGAUCAGCGUUUCUUCUAAGGGUUUUGGCUGAAAGCCAAUGUGGCUUUGAAGAUGUCUUCAAGUAAACUUUCAAAAGCCGCAAAAGUGGCAGAAAUUAGGAUUUUAGAAAAACCUUUUUGGGUUUUAACC